UAGACCUUUAGGGAAAAAAAGGCGACUUUUCUAUUUUCCAAAUUUUUUUGACUUUUGUGGGAAAGAAUGUCUGAAAGUGGAGAAAGUAGUUGAAAUCCUGUCGACGUUAGCGGCUGGAGAAUCGGGCGCAAAGCGGUGCCGACUUCCGGCGAGGAGGGCCAGUUAUCCCCUGUAGAUCACACGAGGUGUUCAAUCCCCCUGACGGUGCGAUAGGGAGGUGUUUUUUUUUGUUUUUAUUUUUCCCCCAUUAGAACGUCUCUCGUUUAAUAGCCGGGAAUUGGAAAAAUCGCCCCGAGUCCUGAACACAGGAGAAAUGGCAAGCAACGCGGCCCCAGAUUCUUGGGAGCAACAAGCGGAUCUUUCCAGCGGAGAUGCGACCACGGCCGAACAGAAGGACAUGUCCACCAAGUUCUCCACGUUGAACGUCAACGCGGCAGAAUUCGUCCCUUCCUUUUCGUAUUCGGAGCCCCAGGAAGAAGAGGACUCGGACCAAGUCGAGAAAAAAGCCGACUCGCCGGUUGCCAACGGUGUUGGAGGAUACGAAGCACCACCGGUUGGAGUUGCUAGUGAAGAGGACAUGGAACUGCCUGUACCACCAGCUGCUGACUCUUGGGAGGCGGCGGCCGAGGAUUCAGACCCUCCGACCCUACUCACACCAGACGACGAGGACCUUGACCUUGAGGAUGAAGAGGUUGUGAUCAAACCCAAAAAGAAACCUGUCCGCGCCGAGGAGACCCGGUCGAAAAAGGAGCAUGUCAAUGUUGUCAUUAUUGGACAUGUCGAUGCUGGAAAAUCAACUAUUGGUGGCCAAAUUAUGGCUUUGACUGGUAUGGUCGAUAAAAGGACACUGGAAAAAUAUGAGAGAGAAGCAAAGGAGAGGAGUAGAGAGUCAUGGUAUUUGUCCUGGGCUCUUGAUACAAAUCAAGAAGAAAGAGAAAAGGGCAAAACCGUAGAAGUUGGUAGAGCGUAUUUUGAGACUGACAAAAAGCACUUCACAAUUCUCGAUGCGCCUGGGCACAAAAGUUUUGUGCCAAAUAUGAUCGGCGGCACUGCACAAGCUGAUUUAGCUGUUCUUGUGAUAUCUGCUAGGAAAGGGGAAUUUGAAACAGGUUUUGACAGAGGAGGCCAAACUAGGGAACAUGCCAUGUUAGCAAAGACUGCGGGCGUGAAACACAUGGUAGUUCUUAUUAACAAAAUGGACGAUCCGACUGUCAAAUGGUCUGAGGAUAGAUAUAAUGAAUGUAGAGAUAAAAUCCUUCCAUACCUUAAAAAACUAGGAUUCAACACCACUAAGGAUCUCACUUUCAUGCCAGUCUCAGGACUUACUGGCCUUGGCCUAAAAGAACAAAUCGAUGAAAAACUGUGCCCCUGGUAUAGAGGAGUGCCAUUUAUAACAUUCAUCGACAACCUUCCAUCUCUUAACAGAAAAAUGGACGGACCGUUUCUCAUGCCUGUCGUUGAAAAAUACAAGGAUAUGGGAACAGUAGUCAUGGGAAAGGUUGAAAGCGGCGAAAUGAAAAAAGGACAGUCCCUCAUUUUAAUGCCUAAUAGGACCCCGGUAGUAGUAGAUCAGUUGUUUUCAGAUGAUGAAGAAGUCACGUCUGUAGGUCCUGGUGAAAAUAUAAAAGUCAAGCUGAAAGGCAUUGAAGAGGAGGAUGUUUCUCCUGGGUUUGUUCUCUGUGAUCCCAACGCACCUGCCAAGACCGGCAAAGUUUUUGAUGCUCAGGUUGUCAUUCUCGAGCACAAAUCUAUUAUAUGUGCGGGCUAUUCAGCCGUUAUGCACAUCCAUUGUGUCGCUGAAGAGGUCACUGUCAAAGCGUUGAUUUGCCUUAUAGACAAGAAGACUGGAGAAAAAACUAAAACUAGGCCAAGGUUUGUCAAACAAGACCAAGUCGCCAUCAUGAGGAUAGAAUGCGCCGGAGUAAUCUGUUUAGAGCAAUUCAAGUUGUUCCCACAAAUGGGAAGGUUCACUCUCAGGGAUGAGGGUAAAACCAUUGCAAUUGGUAAAGUGCUCAAAAUCAUAGAAUGAAGAUGUGAGCAGUGCCUAACCAGGCGCCUCCGUUUAGUUCUUCGCGAGGAUCAGUCACUAAGACGAGCGACUUGCGGGGGAUGGGAAGUCAAAAACUGGGGACAAAUGGAAUUGAUGCAAAAAGCAACAAUAAAAACACAAGGGAGAGAGAUUAAGCAACGUCAUCUGCAGGCUCCCAAUAUUAUCAUCAAAUCUAUUAAACUCACUCUAUUGUUAUCUCUCUCUCCCCCAACAUCUUACUUUCACUCCCCUGUUAUUGCGCUUUUAAGUAAUGAUUCGAAGAUAAAAUAAAAAUAAAACGAUAUAUAAAGAUGCGCAUCACUUAUCAAUAGAAUAAUAAUUGAAGAUUUGGGGGCAAAUUUCUUUUUACGUUGAUGAUUUCUCCGAGUUUUUAAUAAAAGGAGCUCUUAGACAGCAUAUUUUUUAAAAAAUACUAACUUCCUAAUUAUUAUUUAGAAUCCCUUGUCUUUUUAUUUAUGGAUUUGAAAUCAAAUUAUGUUAUUGCGUUCUCAAAAUAAUUUAUUUUUCAACUUAUAUUUUUUUGUCAUAAUUUUUUAAAAUGUAAAUAUUAUAAAAAAAUAUUUAAAAAAAGAAGGAAAGAUAGACCAUAAGUUUAUCUCUUAGUAAUAUAAUUAUAAAAAUUACAUCUAGCCUAAUUAAUAUCCAUUAAUUAUUAUAUACAACUGGUAUUUCAACGUUUUUAUUUUUUAUUUUAUGAUCAAAUGGAAAAAAUGAUAGUCUUUAUUGGAGGUAAAUAGGGUAUCAAUCUAAAGAAUGUAAUUAAUUUUUGACUAUUAUGAUAAAUUUGUAGGAAUGGCUUUACACUGUAAGGUCAGAUAGGAAACAAGAUUAUCAAAAUGGGUGUGGUUUUUAUUAAAAAUCAAAUAACUUUUUGUGUAUUUGUUUAUUUUUUGUCACAUAACUGCCUUAGGUUUUUGAAAUCGAGCUAAUAAAUGAAAUAAAUUCUCUAUAUGAUCCAUAUAUUUUUGCUCCUGUUUGUAUUAAAAAAAAAAUUAUGAGGAGGUGUUGAUUUUUUGUACAUGAGUUUGAGGUUUAAGGGUUAUGUAUUGUUUAAUUGCAUAAGUUUGAAAGUAAAAGAUUCUUUUUCAUUUUAUUUUCGUAAUUCCGAAGGAAUGAAAUAUUGUUUUUGAACUUCUUUAUUUGGAAAUAAAUGAGAUGUAAAGAUUACUGUUAUUUUGUAUAUAUUGUUAAUUGUUGUUGCUUUGGCAAAAUGUUUCUUUUAUUAUUUCACAAUGCAAAUAUAUUAUUUAAAGCAAACUUUUGCAAAGUCAAAUUAUUCGCUUCGGCUCAAUUCAAAAUUUGUUACUCCUCAAGCUAACAAUUCCAAACGGCGCUAAUCACAGCGUUGUGACAGUUAUUGUACUCACACACAAACACACUCCUGACAAUUAAUUUGUUAUUUAUAAUUUAAAAGCCUUUCAGUAGAAUUACAAAUCUAAGUACAAUUGUAAAAUAAAACUCCUAUGACAAAAUUUUAUGAUGAACAAAUAUAUUUAACUGUUUUCCCUUGAAAACAAAUGGAGUGAAAGUGUUUCAUACAAUAAAGGAAUUGGAAAAGCUAAAA